UUGACUUCCAUUGAUACCAAUUAGAUUUCUUCAGUCACGCCUACUUUCUACUUCCAGAUGGCGCUGAAAUUAGCUGUUCUUGGUGGUUGUGGCCUCGCUUUUCUCGGCUACUGUAUAUAUUUUGAUAGAAAAAGAAGAACUGCUCCUGAUUUUAAAAAGAAACUCAGGGAAAAGAGAAAACAAAUUAAAGAGGAAAAUGCAAAAUCAGAAGCAAAGGCUAAGCAUGCCAAAGCAGGCGAUGCUGCCUCUGCUGCACAGGAAUUCUUUCUGAAUGAAGUUCAACUGGGAGAAGAAGCUCUUGCAUCUGGUGAUAUGGAAGGUUGCGUCGAGCACCUCCUGGCAGCUCUCAAAGUUGCAGGAAAUCCCACACAGUUAUUACAAAUGUACCAGCAAGCUCUUCCUCCCGAUGUCUUCCAGAUGCUUGUGCAGCGGCUCCCUACAGUUGUAUCUACUAAAUCAAGUGGACAGGGUGCCCAGUUACAAGAUGAUGACCUUGAUUGAUUUAUCAUGAAACUUUAGUGCAGCUAGAAAUUUGGUAAUUUGGAAGAUUGGUAGUUGACCUUAUGUGGUGAGUUAGCACUGUACUCGUAUUUGUUGUAUAAGUGUUUUCUUUCACAUAGUCAUGACUGUUGUCAACUAUUGUGCUUUAGUAAUAGUGAAUCACUCUAGUGUAGAUGCAGUACUUCACUCUGCUGCUUUCUGUUCCUUUAGUCUGAACCUGCUUGACAUUGGAAUUCCGUGUUUAUAAUAGUGUGCGA